AAAAGCUGACUGUCAAACGAGCAAAACAAACAGAUUUUCUUCCAAGAAUUUCUCUUUUUAAUGUAAUUUUACGUAGUUAACUCAGCCAUAAUUUAGCGUAAACUACAAGAAAAAUGUUUCCGAGCAUAGCUAGCUGUGUUAGAACAGCACCUAAGCGAACUACGCCGUUAUUGAGUUUUGUCCGGACUCACAAAGCAGCGUAUGAAGGGGAGGGCAAAACCACAGUGCGAGUUCUGAACCAGGAACAAGAUCUGGGGCUGAUGAUCGACGCUUAUGCCACGUACGGGUUCCGGCUAAACAACGGUAUCACAGUCCUGGGUCCACUGGCCAUCUUCCCCCGCACCAUCCUGUCAUGGCAGGUGCCACACUCCGACGCCAUCACACCGGAGUCUCUGAGGCUCUUCAAAAUGCUAGAACCUAAAAUGGACCUUAUUGUGAUCGGUAUGGAGAGUAAGGAGCGCAACACGAUAACGAAGGUGUUCAUGGCAGCGAAACAGGCGGGACUGACCGCGGAGAUACUACCCGUGGAGCAUGCGUGUGCCACCUUCAACUUCCUCAACGCUGAGGGACGAACGGUGGCGGCGGCGCUGAUCCCUCCCCUGAACGUGGAGCCCAACGAGAACGACAUGCUGCAGUCACAGCUGCACUACCAGAACUUGUACAAACACGACCUCUCCGGCUGAUAUCUCAUUAUUGGAGUACUAAUAGAUGCUCUAGUACCAGGGAUGUUGCGGAUGCAGAUUUUUUGACAUCCGCGGAUGCGGGUAUUUAAAGGCUCACAUCCGUAGAUGCGGAUGUCAAGAGUACCUGAGUACUUAAAAAACCUCAUAUAUUACAUUUUUAGUAAUUUUAAUUAAAAAAAAAAAAACGUUUAGUAUUUGAGCAUCAUGGCCGACUUUUCUGGAUCUAGAGUAUCUAGACGAUUUCGUUACAGGUACUCAAUGUGGAAAUUACCUAGCACUUACGCCGCCGCUAAGACGUUCCUGUACCUACUUGUUCGACAUCCGCAUCCGCAUAAGCUCCGCAUCGAUUUUAUGCGGAUGCGGAUGUUGAAAAUAAUGCGGAAGUUCCGCGGUUGCGGAUGCGAAUAUUCGCAACAUCCCUGUGCUGUACCAUCGCCCGCACUCCUAACUGUCCAUCGGGGGUCCUUAUGCCUUUUGAAAUUAGGUCCAAUGAUGGACAGUUAACAGUGUUGCUGUUUGUACAUCUAUUGGACAUACAAUCAGUUGCAACGGGUAGCAGAAUCUUUUUGGAAAAAUUGCCCUUAAAGCUUUGAAACUACAGCCAGUGUAAAAAGUAACCGUGGACCGACGCCUUUGAUGUUUGCGUUAAUGCCGACACCGCAGAAGAACACAGUAGGGUUGUCAAAUAAGACACGCUAAAGUGGGAGGGCAGUACCGAGUAGUACCGAGCUACUAACAAUGGCGAUGUAUGCAGCUCGGGUGCGAGCGAACCUUACAACUUUUUACAAAGUGUUAAAAAUUUUUUUUGUUAUAUUUUUCACGAAGAGAAAGGGUUUGGAAACUUAUUUGUUCGAUAAGAUGACAAUAAUAUUUAUACAAAAUAAAAAAAAAUAAGAAAAAAUUAAACAGUUCAUUAAGUGACCUCCGGGGGUAGUAGGUAGUAGGGGGUUAAAAAGUUGCGAAUGGUAUUAUAUCCUUAUAUGGAAUCGUUUCUCCAUAGUUUCAAGCCUCAAGCAUUAGAAUUUUUCCAAGGCUAUCCUGCUACAUCCAAACCAAAAUUAAACAUUUAUCUUAGGGGCCUGUCAAUAAAUUACGUCAUCGAUUUUUACCCCCCCCCCCCCCCCCCAAAUCAUCCAAAAAUCAUGCUUCGAAUGACCCCGUUUCCUCCUACGUCAUGCUACCAUCAUCCGAUGUCCUGACCCCCCCCUAAUUUGAAAUGACGUA